GCCUAAUUCAUGGGAACUUCCAGUACUGAAAUCUAAACUAACAAAUUCGCUAGUUGGUUCCUUGUUCAGUUAUGAAACCUUUUUUGUUAUCGCUUAAAUGAAAUAUAUUCAACAAAAAAUACGUUAAACUGAAAAAUAUCAAGAUUCAGUAUUUUGGAGAUUGCAAAUGAAUCAGUCUUGAUGUGUAUCACUUGGCCGCACAUAUGUUUUACGAUACACCUGCUCUGGUGCAUGAUAUAUAUUGUUAUAGGAUCCGUGCAGUUAGUCUCUGGAGUGUUCUUUUUUGUUUCGUUACCCAUUUUGAAACUUGGAUCAAAUAUAUGGGUGGGCAUAUGGAACAUUUUUUUCGGAGUCGGAGGAGCAGUGAUAGCAUUAAUUGGAAAAUGGACUCUGCGGAAGCAAAGGACGUUUCUUUAUUUAGCGGUUUCGGUGUUAAUCGCAAACGUAGUAAACCUAGUAAUCUUGGAAGUAGGAGAAUGGCACAUUUUAUUACCUGAAGCUGCUAAAAAAUUGAUCGAGCAGGGAAAUCUAAAAAUGUUGGUUCUUUACGCUCGAACAAUAACAAGUCUCAGUACUGUAGUGGCAGCAGUGAUAUCAUUUGUCGAUUCUCAGAUAACGUUCUGUUCAAUGCAGUAUCAUGAGAAAGUGUAUAAUAACAAUAAGAAGGAAAAACAGGAUAUGUUGUCAGACACAGAAUACGUUCUUCCGCGGGUAAAAUCCGAUUCCGAUGAUAAUGAGAAUGCAUCAUUAUUCGCAAAGCAAUAUCCGCAGUCUUGGGUGUAUGAAACGCAAACGGCGGAAACCAGUACAAUCAAUUCGGUGCCAAAUCGUUAUUCUCAAACAAGCGAGGAGCCAGUAUUAGACUCGAAGCAAACGUCGUCAGAAACAGAAUUCAAGGACAUUAGUACGCAGAAUUUAAACAUCGAGCAACCUGUAGUGGUUGUCGAAAACACUUCCGAUUAUACGGAUCGUCAAUUACAUUACAUGGCUACUUUUUCAAGAACACCAUCCCCUGUGGCCGGCUCCGAUACAUCGUCGGAAAAUUCGUGCUCAAUUCAAGGUCCAGCUAUACAAGAAUGUCUGGAAAAGCUAACCGAACCUUCGGUGUAUAAAUCGCAUCUUGACACCGCGUUGUCAACAAACACGACGGUAACUGAGCGGCCACCUCCUAGCAUGUCGCCCAGGCCGCCUAGCAUAUCAGCUCAAGAUCAAUUACAUCACGACUCUUUGAUGGUAGAGUUACAAGAGACUAUUAGUAAUAAAAGUGAAAAAAUAAUCGAAGUAGCCGAAGUAGUCGAACGCGAAGAUUUGUUCGACAUCUCCAAAGUCACUCAAAACACUGUUCCUAUACGCCAAGAUACAGUAACUAGCUUAGAACGUCAAGAUACAGUAAUAAGCUUAGAACGUCAGGAUACCGUGAUAAGUCUAGAACAUCAGGAUACGGUAAUAGAAGUCGUUGAUGAGACAUCGAACGUCGCCUCAUCUCCAGUCGAUGCCGAGGAAGAUGCUGCGACUAAUGGCGAUGGCGAGUCAAACAAUUCGAACAAUGUUUCGACUGACAAAGAAACGAUUAUCGAAUUCAAAAGUGACGAUGAAGUAGAAAUGCCUUGUCACGAGGUGGAAGAAGAACCACCUCCAUGCGUUGGUAUUUGUGAUACUUUAGACUUAAUCGAAGGCAUACAAUGCGAGCCUAAAAAGCGAGGAUUCAUCACCAAGAGUAGUAACGUUUGCGAAAUAGACGCCAUUUUCAAAAUCGCCGAAAACGACGAUAUUACCGACGAUUUUUCAGCGUCAAUUAUGCGGGACACUUCUCAUAUAAUGGAGUCUGUGCUUGAAGAUAGCAAGGAAGAAGUAACCUCGUCAGAAGCCAAAGAUGAUUCUAUUUCCGAAUCUGCGUCGGAAUUGAAAGACGAUAUCAUUCCUGCCCCUCAACAGACAGAGUUCGCAUUACAAGAUGAAUCAGUCCAACUACUCAAGGAAGAAGAAAGUGGUACCAGUUGUUUACUAGAACAAGAUCUUAUGGAAGAGUUGAUUUUCGAACCGAGACCAUCAAAAGCUGAAAGUUUCGAUAGCAAUAUCAACAACGUAAAUAAAGACGAAAGUGAUACCGAUCGAGAAGAAGAUAAAGAUUCGGUGAAAAAUAUCGAACCAAUUAGCGUGGGUUCAUCGAUAGACAUUCCACCUCCUGAAAUCGACCAACUUGCAGAAGGAAGUACUGAUCAGGAAACUGAUUCUAGUGAUUUUGCCAUUCCAGCACCUCCGGGAGAAGAAGACGAAGCGAUGAAUAAUGGCGUCGAUCCUGAUGAAUGGGAUGAAUCAGAAGACGACGAUUCGGUUGAUAGCAGUUGCGUGCAACGAGUUCCUCCUACCAGCACUACUCAAUAAGUAAGUUUAAAUAUCUACGCAUUUGAGCUGAUGAAAAUCUAACCAUGAGUAGGUAUGGCUUUUGCACUUUUCAUCAAGUAGGUUUGGUAAAAAAUUCUAAAUUACAUAGGUACAUGUACACCUAUAUUAUACCUAUUUUUUCCAUUCAAUGUCGAGAAUUUUCAACACGAAUUUCUUGGUUUUGCCCACACGCUUUUUCUUUUUUUAAAUGGUAUGAAUUUAGUGAAUGAAAUCGACAAUUUAGCUAGAUUAAAGUUUUUCAAUGUCCAUUGAUCUCGUAGCUUUUUGCUUUGGAAGCUUUUCCUACGGAUAAAAUAUUAUUCGUCUUAAUAGCCACGUUGCUAAAUUGUAUCCACUCUUCUUCAAUCCUAUCUUUCAUUGACAUAGGCAAUUCAGCAUGAAAAAAGGGCUACUCUUACAGAUUUCGGGAAGUGGAUAGGGAUAGGACCUAAUUGCUUGAGAUCCCAAUUAAAUUGAAUCAACUUUGUGCAAAUUGUAAACAUACCUACUUAUACGCAUAUUAUCACUUAAGCUUCGGCAGGGGCGGACUGACCUACCGGGAAAUGAUAGAAAUUGAGGUAUAUUUGUUUAUGAAGGGCCCAUUUUCCAUUGUCUUUUCGACACGGGGCCCCAAACUCUCAAUUAUUACCAAAAAAAGUUGCAUACUUUUGAAUUUUAUCAAAAAUUUAUGACUAGAGGGGCCCCUUUUUCACCAAAAGGGCCCACUUUCUUACCAGGGCCUACCGGGAUUUCUCCGGCAGCUCUUAUGGCCAGUCCGCCCCUGAGCUUCGGUCAGUUCGCAUAAUAGGUAAUGUUAUUUUUUUCUGCAUUGUAGGUUUACGAAUUGAGAAUUAAAAUUUUUGAGGUGACAAAGGGAGAGUUUUUCACACUUUUCAUUUGUUACGUCUUAUCAGUCGAUGGUAUCUAGAGAACAAGUUUUGUAAUUUACAGACGAUUGAACAAAUUAUCAGCAGUUGAAGAACUGAUAGGAUGAUAAGAAUUGAAAGUUUUAAUUUUUCACUGUAUUAAUAAGAUUUUAUUGCUAGUCAUUUUUUGUUAUACAUCUUAUUUAUUUCGGAUUUUUUUGUUUUACAUUUAGCGUUGAUAGUUUAAUCGAUAUUUUUGUUACUCUUCUAUUCUUUUUUUUUUGUUUUUAAUAUUAUUGAAGAGAAUCACCAAGAUUUUAUAAACACAUUUAACUUAUAUAUUUUACAUUUUUGGAGAUGACUUUUUUAAAACUUUGUCUCUCCCGUUAAAAAUUGUGUGUGUGUGUGUGUGUGUGUGUGUUUGUUUGUUUGUUUGUAUUGUUGUUGUUUUUUUUUUGGAAAAAUUGGCGGGGAAGUUUUCUAACCUACUCAUAAGCAAACCAAAAAAUCGAUUAUAAAUCGUUUUUUAGUCGUAAAUAUUACAUAAUGUGGUAAAAUCUUGAUGGUUUUAAUGUUUAUGUAAUACAUAUUUUCUCUAUGGUUGCGAUUUUAUUAAGUGUUUGUCAUAUGUUAAUUUGGUCUAGAAUAAAAAUGUUUGUUAAAGUUACUCGUUAUAAUGAAAAGUUACCCUAAUACGCUCAUAUAAAAUAAAAAUUAAACGCUGGACUGUAAAAGGUUGAAUUUUGGACAUCGCUGUGCAAAUGCAAAAUAACAUUUUUCAAACUCUAGUCAUAGGCGGCCUCUAUUGUAUUUAUUUAUAUGCUCUGACUUUCUUUUGCUUUGGGAAAUAAAGUAAAACGGAAAUAAUUGUCCUUAUAUCCACAGGAAAUUUUGAAGAAACUAAAGAAGGCCUCAUUAAAUGACUGGAAAAAUAAUUUUUAAUCUUAAAUAUUAUGCGCCAAUAUCAUUAUUACAGUCAUACACUACGCGGUAAAAAUUUUCACACCGAUAAUAGAAUAUUCGAAUUUCCUCACUUUUCACAUAAAAAAAAAUAUGUACAUACUCGUAGGUAGGUAGGUACUCAUAAUUUUUAUAUAUUUUUUUUUUGAACUCGUAAAAUAAUUUUAAUUGAGUACCUAACCUAGAAAUUAACUGGGUACUGGAAAAUUUUAUUUUGCCUAUACAUGCAUUUUACAUUACCUGCCUAUAAUAGGUAAUAAACUUCGAUUUCACACUUUAAAAAUUGAAUUCGUUCAUUUUUGUUCUUUAGGUAAUAGAGCUGACAAUAUCAACAAAAUGUCGCUUCAGAUUUUUCUAAGCGGUGCUAAUUUGACGUACCUUACUUACCUAAUACUCUAAUUUGGUUCUUACUCAUUAAAAAAAAAUAUUAAUAUAGGUACCUACCGCUGAAUGUGAGAUGUUAACAUUUGUUUCCCAAUUUUUUUGAGUGAUAUUUUAUUACACUAUUUGGAUUUAAUUUUAUUAAAUGGUUAGAUACAUACAAUCUCGCUAUUUCAUUAAUACAGGCCAAAUUACUCAGAUUUUUCUUAAUUUUAAAAAAAUUGGUGCUGGUCUCAAUCAAUUUUAAAGUAAAUUUUAUGAAUCAAAGUGCUUAUUUAAAGUGAUUUUUGAUACUUAUGUACCUACUUCUCGACGGUUUUAAAAUUAAUGAUUGACUCCUAAAACUGUUUGUUCCAAAAAUAAAAUUCUAAGCAUUAAAUUAAAAUUCUUCGAAGAAAGAGGCAUAAUAUUUGUUGUAAAUCGAUAAUGAUAAAGCCGCUUUUAAGAGUCGCCAACUUUACAUAUCGAAACUAAUUACGCGUAUUUUCUGUAUUGAUCUCAUGCUGUAGGUUACUAUAGGUACCUAUUUUUAUUAAUAAUAAGCAUUUUUACAAGUCAUGAUAAAACGACUAUUUUUACUCUGCGAAAAUUUGAAUACUGCAUUUCAUUUUUUAAAAACCAAUUUUCUACAGCGAAUCCGUUUUAUUUUCAUUUUGCGAAUUACUAUAAUUACUUGUAUUUAGAGUAGAUUUCUAUUUAAUAUUUGUUACCUUUGUAAAUAUUUAUUUUACAUUUGUUAAUUUUAUCGAGUAAGUACAUUAAGGACCAAACUUAUGGUAAAGUUUGCUGCUUGCUUCUCAACAUACUUGAAAAUUAUGAAUUUCUUUGAGGCAGAAAAAUGUUUAAAAAGUAAUUGAAUCAAGAUAAUAUAUCCUACAAUAAACAAAAUAAAAGUACCUACAUAAAAGUUAUAACGAGUUUUUUGGAAUUUGAAUAAACGUGCGUCAAUCAUAAAUGAAUCAGAAUCACAUAUUUGUUUGAAUAUACUUAUAGUUUAAUCGGAUGUAAUAAUUUUAAAAAAUUUGUAAGUACGUUUUCGGUUACAUUUCGAAAACCUUUAGAUUAAAUUUUGUAACUAGAAGUAAGUAAGUUUUUUUUUACACUGCCAACAUAGGUAUAAGAUUUUGAAAAUUUUGGCGUAUAUCGUAUAUUUUACUCGUACGUUCAUUGAUUUUUGUUUAAUGCGAGAAAAAAGUUUUAUUAUUAUUGGUUUUAUUAAUGAGAUUGAUAGGGUAACAAGUCCAAAUUCUAUUAUUUUCGUGCAAUUAAUUUCUACUUUUUAAAUUCCAAGAAAUAAUAAUUGAAAUUAGUUAAUCGUUUUUUAUACUUUAUCUGGUGAUUCAUCUCGUAACAUUUUUUCGCCAGUGUAAGCAAACCAAGUCUCAUUAAUACAAAAAAAGAAAAAUGUUUCUGUCUCAAAAACAAAAAUUUCAACUCAACACCUUUUUAUUGAAAAUUCGGAUCACUUCCAUUUGAUGACAUGGCCUCCAAGAAUGGGUGCUUAAAUCGUCCUCUCUUCCAAAAUUGUCAUUAAAAAAAUUAGAAAAUCAAGGUACUAUACAUAAAAAAAUAGAAUUGAAAAUUUUUACGCUAAUUUUCCAAACAUUAUUAAUAUUGUCAAAAGAAAAAUCAGAAUUUUUUAAAAUCACCAAUAUAAAUAUUUACUGACGUAUAGAAAAUUUCCAAAUAGCUUUUCUCUGUUUUUGGAACGAGAAUUAAAAUCGAUACGUAUAGUAUAUGAUUGAUUGGUUUAAAAAAUUGAAAAAUCACACCCACAUGAAAUAAACUUUUUGGUGAAAGACCACCGAAGAACUCCACUUUUUGAAUUUUCGUGCCAAGUUAAUAAGUAAGGUACUUCUACUUACUAAUUAUUUACUGUACUUCCUUUUUUUAAACAACAAAUUGUAAUUUCAAAGUAAAAAGAUGCUUGCUCAAAAUUUUAACUAAUCAA